ACAUGGCGGAUGUAGUAUGUUCGGGAUUGUAUUCAUACUACACACACGCAUACUGAUUAAUACAUACUGGCAUAAAGUUGGCUUGACGUUGGACGUUCGAUAUUCGCAGAUAUGCGGAAAUGCUCUUGAGCUUUAAAUGAUGGUGUAUUUUGUGUAUGGGCCUACUCAGUAAUAAAAUACAUGGCAAUUUUUAUAUAUGAUUUAAUAGUUUGUUACAUAUCAAAAAUCUAAAAGGUGUGCGUUAUAGCUGACACCUACACGAACACUUUGCAGUUGGUUAUAUGACUGUAAGUCAUUCCCUUCAAAUGCUAUUGAAGUUAGAAACAUGUUUAACAAUGUCGUAUGUAACUUUAGAGACGGUCCCUUAAUUUCCGCAUAUCUGCGAAUAUCGAACGUCCAAUGUCAAAACAACUAUAUACCAGUUUAAUACUGAAUGUUUCAGCGGCCGUGCAGUAGGAACUGUCACAGUACGCGAUUUCUUUUUUUGCUUGUUUUUAACUUUUAUUUAUUUAUUUCAGGAAGCACAACUGCAAUAAGAUUAUAUGCGCUAUGUCUGGACACGGGCAUGGGCACGGACAUGGUCACGGGUGUUGUGAAGAUGAUCAUGAACCCGCCGAGCGGGGUGUGGAGUAUGGUCUGUACAGACGCAUCGACAUAGAGAAGCUGCAGUGUCUCAAUGAGAGUCGAGAUGGAGACGGCAGACUCGUGUUCAAACCAUGGGAUCAGCGCACAGAUAAGGAGAAGUUUGUGGAGAGCGACGCUGAUGAGGAGCUCCUGUUCAAUAUCCCGUUUACUGGAAGUGUAAAGCUGAAAGGGAUAAUCCUUUCUGGAGAGGAUGAUGAGUCCCACCCAGCUGAAAUGAGGCUAUACAAGAACAUACUGCAGAUGUCAUUUGAUGAUGUAAGUAGAGAGCCAGAGCAAGCAUUUCGUCUUAACAGAGAUCCAUUGGCUGAACUUGAGUAUCCAACUAAGAUUGCACGAUUUUCUAAUGUUGAACACUUGUCUAUUCAUAUUCCUCGAAACUUUGGGGCUGAUUCUACUCGUAUCUACUACAUUGGACUUCGGGGAGAAUAUACUGAGGCUCACAGACACGAGGUGACAAUCUGUAACUAUGAGGCAGCAGCAAAUCCAGCAGAUCAUAAAUUGGAAGCUAUUACUCCGCAGACACACUUCAUUUCAUAACGAAUUAUGUGAUCUUGAGCUUUUGGUGUUGAGAGAGAAUAGACGUGGCUGAAUUUUGAUAAUAAUGAGAGAGUAAUUCUACUGCACAUUAUGAGUAUGAGUAAUGCAUUGAGUAGAAACGUGUUGGACAUAUUUCAAGAGGAAUGGUGAUUUGAUCAUGGAGGUUUGUUCAGUUGAAACUUUGUGUGUUAAUAAAUAUUCAGAGAGGAAAAAAAAA